AUGGCAAUGAAAAACAGGAAUACGUCAAAAUUUCAAGCUACGUUUUAUCCACCUACGCUAAUGCUACCUUUCACGGAUGUCAAUCUUCCGACGAAGUUGAGUACCUCUUCAGACAUUAGUUAUUUUCAAAAUUACAGAAAUGAAACGCUAUCGAAAUUCUCGAUGCCGCCAUACGAAUGGGGUAUGCAAAGUAUACCGUACAGUCCAAGUCCUGAAAUCGGCGCAAGUAAAGCGCGUCGCAAGAUUAAUUCUAAUUUAACUAUGUUAUCGAAUGAUAUCUCAACGAUCGAUUCUGCGCGUAUGAAGGAAGUCGACGAUUUAUUUAAGAGCGUUCAAAUUUAUCGUAAUCAAUAUAAGGAUCGUACUGGCAGUUCUCAUCCCUUAGCAUUUUAUAAACCUGAUAAUUACGACUAUCAGUGCGCGCCAGGAAUGACAACGUCGUAUUUCUCCAAAUAUCCGCAAGAUUAUAUCGAAUACAAAAUACCCACAGUUUUACCUCUUACAUACGGAAGACGCAAACAAAUACCUUAUAUUCCAGAUUUGUCUCUGGUUGGCAUUUACAACGAAGCAAGUUGUAGCGCUUAUAAACGAUAA